AUGGAGCCGCCUCGCGACUUCAAGUCCCUGCAGGAGGGCGUGCAAAAGUCGCUCGUCUCCACCGUCAAGACGGUCAAUCGUCUCGCCGCCGAGGACUUGUCUUUCCAGCGCACCGUCAACCCAGACACGUCCGAGCAGCUCGACGACAAGGCCGCUCGCGUUCUCCGCCUGUCGACGCGUCUGCUCUCCGCCGCUGCCAAUGCGUGCAACGUCAAGGCGCCCAAGCUCGAGGAUGCCGAGGACAUCGACUUUCGAUGGCCCUCGGUCGUAGACGUCGUCGACUCGGUUCUCGAAAAGGCCGACAUGGCGCUUGACGAAUUCACGGGCCUCAUCAAGCAGAGGGAAACCCCAGGCGCAGAAUCGCGGCAGGCACCGAGUUCCAAGAAAGCAAAAUCGACGGCCAAAGUCAUCCGACAUGCCAACGUCACCAAGCCCCAGGCGCGGUUCGAGCGCAAGCCCGACAACUUUCCAACUGGGCCUUGGAAACCCUACAUCACCGCCAAACCCCACGCGACCCUGCCCUUGGAUCAGAGCCUUGUCACCUUCACCGACGAAAAUGGCGCGCCCCAAUACAAGCACCCAUACGAGACGGAAAUCACCGACAUGCGAUAUCCAAAGCAACUCUUCAAGAUCGCCGAGCCCAUUCCUCCACAACCGGCCGAAUCCGCCCCUGCCAUCUGGGUAGACACUUAUCAGGGCGUUCUCGACAUGCUGGCAGAUCUGAAAAAGGCUAAUGAGAUUGCCGUGGAUUUGGAGCACCACGACUUCAGGACGUACACUGGCAUCGUCUGCUUGAUGCAAAUCAGCACUCGGGAAAAGGACUGGAUCGUCGACACGCUGCAGCCCUGGCGCCACAAGCUCGAGGUUCUCAACCAAGUUUUUGCUGAUCCAGCUAUCAUCAAGGUCUUCCACGGGGCCUACAUGGACAUGGUCUGGCUGCAGCGAGACCUGGGUCUCUAUGUCAACGGCCUGUUCGACACCUUCUUUGCUUGCGAUCUCCUCUCGUAUCCUGGAAGGAGCCUCGCCUUUCUGCUGUCCAGGUUUGUCAGCUUCGAUGCCGACAAGCAAUACCAGUUGGCCGAUUGGAGAAUACGGCCCGUCCCCCCCGAGAUGAUGUAUUAUGCCCGAUCCGACACCCACUACUUGCUAUAUAUAUACGACCGACUACGAAACGAGCUCAUUUCUGCGUCGGACCGCACCAAUCCUGAAAAGGACUACAUCAGCCGUGCACUUCAACGGUCCAAGGAACUGGCUCUCUCCCGACAUGAGCACCUGGAUUACAACGAAGAGACGGGGCAAGGUCCGCGGGGAUGGUACAACUUCAUCUUGAAGCAGGCGCACCUCGCGUUUGACGGCGAGCAGUUUGCCAUGUUCAGAGCGCUUUGGAAGUGGAGAGAUGCGACGGCACGGAAGGAAGAUGAGAGCCCCAACUUUGUUCUAGCGCAGAGCUCCAUCAUCAGCGUUGCGCGCGUCAACCCGCCGGAUGUCAAGGCAUUGCAUAGCCUCCUGCCUCUGACUGCGCCGCUGGCUCGGGCCCGAUUCAACGAGAUAUGGGAUCGGGUGCAGGAGGCCAAGGCUCGAGGUGGGCCAAGUGUUCUCCAUUUCUUUGCAUCCAUGGCCUCCGACCCUGCUUUGAAGCCUGGUUCAUCUUACACGCUCAUCGAUAAGUCGGGACUCCCGGACUUUGAAGGUGAGAUCGUCGCAAGGAACAUGUCGCGAUCUCAGCUGUUCGGCAACAUGCCCAUCAGCACGCGCUGGGAAGAGACGCAGCAGGCGUCCGAAGGACAGGCCGACUGCAUCCCUUUUCCUUGGCAGCGGUUUGUGCAGACAGCAAUGGAGGCCAUGAACAAGAAUGCGAAAGUGGAGACCUCUAAAGUCGAUGCGGAAGCCCUGCAGCAAGCUCACGACGAAGAAUUUACUCUGAAAAGGGGUAGGAAACGCAAGUCGGCGGCGGUGGAGGAAGGCGGGGGCGGGGGCAACGAUGAUGACGAAGCCUCGGAUUCAGCGACCAAAGCACAACGAAAGAAGGACCGCAAGCUGAGAGAGCAGCUCAAGCAGGUGCAAGGCAAGAGGAAUGACGACCGACUGAAGCGAAAAGCCAAGAAGCAACGGAAAAAAGACCAGAAGAUCAAGGAAAAGGCACAAAAGAGCGCCGAAACCCCGUUUGAUUACAGCAACGCCGCUUCGGUCAUGCAUGCAGGACGGGACUCGGGGCUUGUGGUGCGGGGGGCGAAGAAGGCGUUUGACCCGUACGCCAAGACGGGCGAUGAUGGCUUGAAGGGGGCGCGACGGGCACCGCCGGUACGAGGCGAGAGAAGCGCGACGUUCAAGAAGUGA